UGACUAGCAGGCAGAUGCAGUUCCUCUCCAAUGGAGAUGGAGUCAUGGCGUCUAGCUUUUGUGAAAAUUGCUCCCGACUGCUCAAGGAACUUGCCGUUCAUUUGAGGAAAUUCUACAGAGAGUGUGUCCAAACAGUACGGGACGUUUUCCGAGAACUUUGUCAAUGCACCUGCUUCAGGAAUACACCUGAGAGGCGUUUCCUGAGGAGGACUACUCGAGAGUUGUCCUCUCUACACCUGCUGUGUGGUGAUGAAACUCAACUACUUAAUCAGGAAAGUCUACAAGCACUGAGCAGACUUGCAACCUCAGAAAACACUGAUCUACAAAUGACUGCAGCCAUGUAUUAUUUACACCUCAGUCAUCACUUGAAAUCGCCCCUACCCGAUCCCUUCAUGGAGCCUGUCAUGACCUUACUUUUAUCAACUGAUCUAGAUGUGCAGAAGACAAUCUCUCUCUCUUUGGUCAAUCUGUUGGUGAAGAACAAUGUGUGCAAAGAGCUGGUGAUUGAAAUGGGGAUGCUGGUGCCCAUGCUGGAGUUGUUCCAGUCUGGUGAUGCCACCGCUCAGUGUCACUCAUGUGCCUGCGUCACCAUGCUGGUUUCCUCAGAAUCAAACAGGGAAGCUGUCAUUGUGGAUGGAGUCAUACCACUGUUGGCUUUAGCAAAGUCCUACGACCGACAGGUGCAACUGAACGCCACCUGGGCUCUGUUACAUCUCACACAGUCAGAUUGGUCUACAAGGAUCUUAUGUCAAGCAGGGGCCAUUCCUGUCCUGAUACUUCUGCUCCAGUCUUCAGAUUCAGAGGUUCAGUUUUACAGCUGCACCGCUCUGUGCAACAUUGCUGCUGUCCAGAAGCAUCACCCAAAGCUGCUCAGCAUCGGGGGUCAUUUUUUGUUAAAGUCUCUCCUGACUCUCAUGUCUUCCUCCGUGCAAAAGAAUUCAAGCCAAGCAUGCAGAUGCCUACAAACCCUCUCAAAGAACGUGCUGAUCCAGGAGCAGCUGAUGGAGCUCGACUGUGUGUUGCCUCUGAAGGCGCUGCUGAAAACCUCCUCUCCUAUGUGGACAGAGUCAGCUGUAACACUACUGUCUGCACUGUCAGCACACCCACCAAACAAUGACGUCCUGGUUAAUGAAGGACUGUUGGAUGAAAUCGGUGAGCUGCUGCUUCAUCAUGACACAUCAAGCUCUGUUAUAAUCACCCACAGCUGCAAGAUAAUCACCGACCUGUGUAGCUCCAGCAUUGGUCAGCAGGCUGUGAUGGAAAGUCGGUGUUUAUCGGGACUCCUCAGGGCCUUUGUGUCACCGUCUCUGUCAGAUGAGACCUUGCUGCAUGUGACUUCAUGCUUACAUCACCUUAUGACGUGGGUUUCACUGAAGACAAUGACAUCAGAGCAAGUUUCAAGACUUGUGAAGUUGUCUGAACAAACUCAAAACCCUCAGUUGUCAUACCGCAGUGCAGCCAUCAUCAGCAAACUAGAAAUGACUGAGGAGAUGUUCCAGUUGCUGAGACCUUACUACAUCACCAUGAUGGAAUACCUGUUGGUAUAUCUCAAAAAGAAAGAUGUUAAGUUUCAGCACCUUGGCAUCGUCACAAUAUUCAACCUGAAGCAAGAUGGAGACUUUUCCUCUCUGUUGGCUGACAGUGAGUUGGAGGCUCAGCUGUGGACGGUGCAUGCGCAGACGGAGGAAACCAGACGGCUGCUGCAAAUGAUUCAGCCCCUUUCUCCAUCUUCUGUUAACCCUUGACUUUCUCAGCACCAAUACUGAGAGAUGUCCACAGCAUUUACAUUCAUGCACUGUAUGGACAAGAAGCAUUUUUAUUUUGUGUUUUAAUGUGUUUAUUUUAUUUCAGAGUUUUUUAAUGUUUACAGUCAACAAAUUAAGUGAAAAACAAAGGCAGAGAUGUGGCAUCGUAUCAACUUUAAUGAAAUAUGACAUAAAUUUUGACUUUUAACAGGUUAACAGUUGAUAGUUAUAAGCAGUACUUAAACUAUAAGAUCAAAUAUUGAUGAUCGGAUAUAUUUCUUUUUAUAUGCUUUUAUUAUAAUAAACUCACUUAACACCUA